GAGAUAUCAGUUAAUGCAAAGCCUUCGCAUAAGAGACAGAUUACACUCAAAUCUUUAACCGUGUGCCCACUCGUUUGCCUUUAGCAUAAAUUAGCUAAUUGAUACUCUGAAUGAGCCUUCGGGAAUAACAACAGCAAUAAUUUAGUAACGUAAGCAGACAGGCGAGGAGGGGGCGGAGGCGUAUUAUUUGACAGUAGAAGUGUGUGGAGAGGCAGGGAGCUCCGGGGGUCUCCGGUUGGUCCAUGAGCGAUGGAAGCGCGUCCCCGACACUUCAGGUGAUCGAGAGGGAAGCAGAGAGGAGCGGGACGCUGGCCGCUGCUGCGUCGCGUUAGAGAAACAGCCAAGAGUGGAAAAUGACUUGUGUUACGUCGCCCGGAGCGCCAGCUUCACUGACAGCAUGUCUGCUCUUCGUUGCGGGAUGUUUCGCACAGAAAGUGUAUUUCGACUGCGGUGCCAAGGUGGAUGUGGUGGACGUUCAGGGCCUCAUUUUGUCUCCUGGCUUCCCCUACAACUACUCCUCAGGGACUCACUGUGUUUGGCAGUUUGUUGUUCCAGUUGAUUACCAGCUUGUUCUGGAGAUAUUUGACUUUGACGUGUUUGAAAGCCACGAUUCCGAAGCUCAGUACUCUGCUUUCUCUAAUUUUGAAGAAGACGAAGAGGCAGCAGCAGAGGAAAAAGGGAAGGUCACCCCUACUGGCUCAUCUGCUGACGGGAGCUUGUCGGCAGCCGCAAAACCAGCGCCUCAGAGCGCAGGGGAUCUUUUAAAGACUUCCCGAAAAGGCAUUCCUAAUCAAGUCGUGGUCCAGGAACAGUCUUCAAAAAUGGAGAUUGCCAAAGUUUCAAACUCUGCCAAAAGAUCUGCAGACCUGUCCUCUAGUCAGUCUUCAUUGCCCCCUUCUUCCCUCCUUCUCCUACCUGGUGCUGCGCCACCUGCAGACAAGGUCAACAACUCCGUCUCUGCCUCUCCCUCAAAUGAAAAUCUCAGUCCCACUUUGAACCCAAGCGGGGUUAUGGAGGAGACCACCUAUGGCUCACCGCCCUCCACAGGAACUCCUCCUGUGAGCCCUGAAACUCAGCAGUCCAUCCUUGACGCCUGCCCCCACGACGUCCUCUACAUCUCAGACCUCAUCACCUUUUCUUCUAGGUUCUGCGGGUCCAACCGCCCUCCCAGCAGCCAGCUGGUUUUUGGCUCAAGCCAAGAGAUGGUGGAGGUCAUCAUGGAGCUGAUCACCACCACCCACUGGGGACGUGGAUUCGCGCUUCUGUUCCACUACCACAACCUGACCGAGCCGGAAGGGGACCAACGAACCACGUCCCCGUCAGGCGGCAGGGUGGACUCCCUUCUUGCCGCUGUGAGCGGAGCCGCUUUCUUUGCUCUGAUACUCACGACUGUACUCUGCAUCAUUUUCAGACCCAAACUGUGUCCAAAAAGAGCCAGUUCCUGCACAUCCAGCAACUCUGAGGUACAGAAACAAAAUGUUUUUUUUUCCCUAACAUCCUCUCUGUUUGGCAUUUUAUUCUUCUGAAUAUUUGGUGCUGGA